GCCCCCCCUCCCUCCCUCUCUUUCGCUUUUUCUCUUCUUCUCUUUGGCGCAUACGCCGUCGAGCUCAGCCUGCUGUAUUUACCUCCCUGUGGUCGGGAGAGUGGGGAAAUCCACCUGCCGGGAGAGCAGACACACCUCGGUAUGGAUGCCCUGAAAUCCGCCGGCAGAGCGAUCAUCAAGAGCCCCGGAGUUCCGCGGCACACAUGGGGAACUUCAAAGCACGAAAAGCUGCCAGAGAACUGGACUGACACCAAGGAGACUUUGCUGGAGGGGAUGGUGUUCAACGUGAAGUACCUGGGUAUGACACUGGUGGGCCAGCCUAAAGGAGAGGACAUGGCCUCAGCCGCCAUUCACAGAAUUGUCGCCACGGCCAGAGCCAGUGCUAAGAAGUUUCGGAAAGUAACACUGACGGUCUCACCGAAAGGCAUCAUCAUCACAGACACAGAGACUGCGGACCUCAUAGAGAACGUGUCCAUAUACAGAAUCUCCUACUGCACAGCAGAUAAAACUCAGGACAAGGUCUUUGCAUAUGUCUCUCAGAGUCAGUUCAAUGAAACUCUGGAGUGCCAUGCGUUUCUCUGCCAAAAGAAGAAGAUUGCUCAGGCUGUGACAUUAACAGUAGCCCAGGCUUUUAAAGUAGCUCUAGAUCUUUGGGAGAUUGCUCAGGAAGGCAAAAGCAAGAAGGCGAGGACCUGCUGUUCCUGUGCAGUAAGCAACGGGCAAACGGAGACCACAGACACUCAGUGUGUUUCAGCAGAGGCACAUAAGCCUGUUGGGAUGGAGGAGAAGCUCCGGAGGCCUUUGUUCUCUGCCUCACUCAGCUCGCCCUCACCUCGCAGUAACCCCACUCGAAGGCGACCAAUCAAGCAUGACUCUUGGGAUGUGGAGGAUGGACUCGAUGAUGCGUUCUCAAGACUGGCCAAGUACCGCUCCCAACCCGUCUCUGACGAUGCAGCUCUGAGUCCCCAGGAGGUUUCCACUGAGGAUCUGUUUUCUGUCUGCAACAAUGAGUUUGAAUAACACACCCUGGCAAUAACUGCCCAAUUUAUAGCACCACAAAAAAAAAAAAAAUUGUCAGAAACCAUACCACAAUCCCCAACACCAAAAAAAUAAACAAAAAAUAGCCUACAUCAACUGAACAGACAAAACAUACCACGCUCCCUCGUGCAUAACCUGAAUCAGAGAGGCUGUGUUUGAUAUUCUGUUGCUGCUGCAGAGAAGCCAGAAUGAAUACCCUGAUGUUAUAAACUGCUAUUUCUGUGAAUGCCUGCCAGUCAACACACUCUCCACUCAGUGUAAACAGCCAUCUCCCGCUUUAUUCAAACAUUCACAUACUGCCAGAUGAAAGAUGGCACAUGCAAUGUGCUACGCAACACUGCAGGGUGAGCAAAAAUUAUAUAUUUCUACUCGAAGAAGUUCCCACAGAAGGUCAUAGGAUAAAUACUGUACCCAGUUUGGACUAAGUCUCCUUCUUUUCAUCUAAAUUUGUAAAAACAGUUUCGCACGUGGAUUCCUCUUGUAAAUUCUGAUGAAGACUGCACAAAGAUUUACUUUGCAUCAGAAAGUCCGGAUAUAUGUGUACAUAAGGCUGUAGUCGCUUUCUGAAAAUGUGGAAGCUCUCUGGUCAUGUUGUUUGUUUGGUGGAGUAACGGCUGCCAGUCUCAUCAGUCACUGGAGGAAGUCCAGCGUUAGAAAACAGAAUCAGGCUCUGGUAUGAAUGUUCUGUCACAGAUAUUGAGUGAAUUAUACAUUUGUGUUAUUGUGCCGACUGAACUGCUUCCUAGGAGAAUAAAACAGCAUGUGAUAUAGUAAUUAGACAUUCAGGCAUACAGACACCCUGUAUCCAUGUGUCUCUCAUUUUCUUUGUUGAUUGCAACAGAAAUGUGAGUUA